UUUCCUAGUCUCACUCCGUCAACACUCGUCGCUCUUCGCUCUGCUCGGCGACGCCCUCUUUGUUCGAUCUCUCUCCCUGUUUCCUUCCCCAUCAGCUCGCUAUUACCUCUACUUCCUUAAUCGCGGUGGGAUUACAGCUGUGGUGGAAGGUAGAUGGCGGAAGCAUGCGAUCGAAGUGCUUUGGUAGGCAGAUGAUGUGCGGAACACUGUUGAGUUGACUCUCUGAGGUUGUUAGCAGAGAAUUGUAAAGAAUUUUUCAGCAUGCAGGGCCUAAGUACUAGUUGUAUUCAGCAAAGGUUUCCUCUAAUUAGAUGUUCCGAUUCUAAUGACAAGAAGUCUCAACGACGAAGAAAGACAAGAGAGGAAAGGAGAACGAUGGUGGAGUCAUUUAUCGACAAAUACCGAUUGUCAAAUCAGGGUAAAUUCCCUUCGCUUAAUAUGACACACAAGGAAGUUGGUGGAUCGUUCUACAUAGUUAGGGAAAUUGUUAGAGAUUUAAUUCAGGAAAAUCGGGUGUUGGGUCCUGGUAGUCCAAGUAUGAAACUACUCACUCUCGAAGAUUGUUUGGAAGAACAUGAGACUGAAUUGUAUACCAUGGAUUCCAAGGAUGAAUUAUCUGAGUUAUCCAUUGAACUUCCAAUUGAUGCGAAGCAGAAAGAAACAUUUUCUCACCCAUGCGGCGCCAAGGUUACUGAUGAAUUUAUAGCACUUGAGAAUAAUGAUCUAUUUGUACACGAACAGGAUUCGCAGAUGGUAUUCUCACAUGUGAUAGACCAUGGAUUUAACCAUCUACAACAGAACACCUACGGUGCAAAGGAACAUGAUAAUUUAGUUGCAUAUGAGUUUGAUGAAGUAAACAAAAGAGAGCUACCAAUUCAGACAGAAGUCAGGCAAGAAAUCAGUGCAGAAGUUCAAGGGGAUAUAGAAAGAUUCAAUAUUCAAAAGGUUGAACAACCAAAACCUUUGUGUGGGGCUUUGUCUCCUGCUGCUGAAGAUCAGCUGGCGUUGCCUGAAGAUGUGAUGGAGGAUUGUAAUAGGCUUCCAGAGUCAGCAGAAAAAUUUACAAAAAUCAAUGAAAGUCAUAUGGCUGCUAGACUACCAGAAGUGGAGCUCUCUCUAAGCUCAUUGAAUUCUGAUCCUUUUUUCUAUGAUGUAGGAGUUGCUUCAUUCUCAUCUUCUGCCAUUAAUGGUGAUUUAGAAUCAGUAUGCUUGGGAAAAGAUGAUAUCGUUAAAUCCAAAGAAUCUUUAUCAAAGGAACAGAAAUUGUCACACGUGCAAAUUGAUACAUUUUCUAAUGCAAAUGGAAGAGAGCUCAUAAAAGAUGAUUCUUAUGGUUUAGAUGGAGAAGCAAACCUUACAUCCGUGUCACAAAGUUUACUUGUCCCUUCAUCUGCCACCUCAGUGACUGAGGAACCAAGUAUGCCUCAGAUUCAUGUUAUGGAUAGCACCAAGCACGAAGCCAAAUGUGCUUUAGUUGAGCCACUUUCUCCAAGGAUGGAAGAAGAAGCCACAAUGAUAUCGACUGCUGAGGAUGAAAGUGAUAGUAGUAGCAGUAAGGACAUGGGUACCUCUUCCAGCAGCAAGAAUGCAAAUGGCAGUGAAGAAAUGCAGUUGGAGAAGAAUCCAGUGUGGGGUGCCAUAAAAGCUUUUGUGAGCGCUUUCUUCAAGUUCUGGAUGGCGUAGAUGUCUGAUAAUACAAAUCGCCACAAUCCUUCUUUAAUCUGUAAGAGAAAAAAAAUGCAAUUGUUCCACUUAUUCUCUCUCUCUUUUUUUUUGUUUGGUUUUUAAAAUUUUGCACUUGAAGAAGUAGCUAUUUGGAAGUGUUCCUCUCAUUCUUUUUUUCUCACUUGUUUUUGCCUUCUGCAUCUACAUGGAUUAUCGAUUUGUUACGUUUUACAAAUAACAAUAUAUGGAAUCAUUAACUAA